AUGGAAAUGGAACAAGAAAAACGAAAACUGUCUUCGAAAAUCGUUGCUAACACAGCGCAGGAAUUUCCUUAUCCGCCACAUAAAACAGCAGAGGCAAUGUAUAUGUUUCCGGAUUAUUUACCAUAUGCUACAGGCUUUAGCUUUGUCCUUAUGCUUCCGACAUUACUGAACUACAUUGGUCUGGAAAAAGUUUCUGGAAUGAAGGAAUUAAUGAAAGUUGUAGGCCUAAGCAACUGGAUGAUAUGGGUUGGCUGGUUCAUACAUGUUGUAGCGCCGAUGCUGAUCAUCGUAAGCCUUAUAGUAGUUAUCCUGAAAGUCAUUAUUUUUGGCGGCGCCUUUCCCAUUGUUGAGUAUACCCAAGGAACUAUAUUGUAUGUAUUUUUUAUGCUCUACAUCUGCGCUUGUACUACGCUGUGCUUUUUCAUCAGCACCUGUACGAAUACACCCAACUUUGCAAGUUUGAUAGGCGUAAUAGUUAUUUUAAUCUCUUUUUCAAUAACGCAUCCAAUAAUUAAAAACAAUAUCUUAUCAUUUCCGGCUGGAAUGUCGAUAAUGUUAUUGCCGGGAGCAGCGAUAAGUUAUGGUUAUCGAGCGAUAUCGUAUUAUGAGUAUGGACAGGUUGGAUCAAAAUGGUCUAACUGUCAUAUUGCCGCAGAAGGAGAAAUAUCGCUGCUUAACGUUUUUAUUAUGCUAAUAAUCGAUUGCAUAGUUUAUAUGUUGCUGGCCCUCUACAUAGACGUUGUAAAUCCCGGAAACUAUGGCAUUCCUAGAUCUGUAUUUUUUCCAUUUGAAGAAUUGUGGAAGUGUUACAAACGGAAAAAUGAAAAUUUGAGUGCAUCAGCCUCGCGAUCGUUUGUAUUACAAGACGUCGAAAAAGCGAACUUACCCAAAGGCAUCCAACUGAUAAAUUUGGGAAAAGUAUACGGCAAGAAACCCGUAGUUAAAAAUUUAAACAUGGAUAUAUAUCAAGAUCAAAUUACGGUAUUGUUGGGUCAUAACGGUGCUGGAAAAAGUACCACGAUGGGAAUGAUAACAGGAAUGAUUAAUAAAACAAGUGGGAAAAUUAUAAUCAAUGGUGUGGAAGUGAGAUCCAGAUCCGACAUUACCAAAUCUGUCGGUCUUUGUCCGCAAGAUAACAUGUUUUUCGAGUCUUUGACCGUGAUGGAGCACUUGCUGAUUUUCGCAACUUUGAAAGGACAAAAAGAAGAGGAGAGCAAACGCGAAAUACAAGAGCUUCUAGUCAAAUUAAAUAUGGAAGGCAAAGAGAAAUCCAAGGUAUCUCAGCUAUCUGGCGGCAUGCAAAGGAAAGUAAGCCUCGGAAUGGCCCUUGUAGGUGGAUCACAGAUUCUGAUCCUGGAUGAGCCAUCUUCGGGAAUGGAUAUAGAAUCACGCAGAGAUCUCUUCGAUAUGCUGCAUAAGUGGAGAAAUGAAAAAACUAUUCUGAUCACCACGCAUUCGAUGGAAGAAGCCGAUGCGCUUGGUGACUGGAUCGCCAUAAUGAACGAAGGAGAGCUGGUAUGCUUCGGUACACCAAUGUUUUUGAAAAAGAAAUACGAAACCGGCUCCACAUUAAUUCUGCUAAUUAAAAAAAACAGAAACGUGAAACAAGCAGUUCAAAAAAUCGAAUAUCUUUUAAGAAAUGAUUUCAACUUUAAGACGGCGAAAUGCAAAGGUAUUAAUGGCAACGAAACGCGAUUUUUUCUACCGGCUGGUAAUUACAUCAAGCUGUUCGAGUAUCUCGAACCAAACAAGGGCCAAUAUGACAUUGAGAAUAUUUCAUUUACCAGCACCACGCUUGAAGAUGUAUUUUUAAACCCCAAAGUGACUCAGCAGGAAGAGGAAACAGAACAAAGUCGAAACCAAUUCGAAACCGUUGAACGGCUAGAAAAUGCUUCUUUAUGUCUCACACUGAGAGCUUUACUUUUCAAGAGAAAUAGAUUUAUCUUCAGGAACAGCAUCAUAUAUAUCGCUUCAACUAUUAUCGCUUUAUUAUUGGUCCUAGCGAGCCUCUUUAUAGUACCAAAUGUUGAAAAAUCAGAUUUCGGGGGCUCUUCCUUGAAAAUUGCUUUGAGUGCUUAUGGUGACACAACAGUUUAUGGACGGGUGAUAGAUCCGUCAGCAAAAAUUGGUAAAAUAUACGAAAAAUUGAUCUCAGAUCAAAACAGCAAGUUUGAAUUAGUUGAUAAUGUACCUGAGAGUAUUAUUGAAAAAGCGCAUGAAAAAGACCUUCUCUAUUUGCAGCAAAAAAUAAUUGUAGCAGCUGAAUUUAAUGUGUCGACGGAACAAAAGCUAGAAACUUUGGAUGCUGUAGCUAUGUAUAACAGCUACUCAAAGCACUCGGCUGCCAUUUCCUUCAACCUGAUAUCCGAUACUAUAGCGAAGUAUAGCUUGGGGGAGAAUUACUCGAUUUCCACUAGAAAUCACCCGCUGAUCAUCCUGUCCAAGAGUGUGCACCAAAUUGGAGAAUUCGCUACAAUCAUAACGAUGUGGUUUAUGAUAGUGCCGUUAGCGCUCUUCUUCUUUACAGCCUCUUUAAUUUUUCUCCCUUUUUCCGAAUUGUCCACACGCUUUACACAAACUCAGUUUAUGUGCGGAGUGCGACCUUUCAUUUACUGGAUACAUAACUUUUUCUUCGACUAUAUCUUCUAUUUGCUAUUUGCAUUAAUAACGACCGUGAUUGUAACUCUAUCCUGCCCGAUAUUUAGAGGAGCCGACUCGUUUGGUGUGAUGUAUUUAAUCCUAGCAACACACGGAUUGUGUUCUAUACCCUGUGCCUACUUGUAUGGCAGACUAAAAUCCUUUGGAAGUGCUUAUAUCAAUUUCAUAAUGUACAGUUGGACACUUUCAUUUACCGGCUUUUUGGUUUUUGCAUUGGAGAUACUAUUCAACCCCCCAAAGUUUCAUAAAGUAGCCAAAGUCUUGCACAUGAUAUUUCUUAUUACCUGCCCUCAAUACGGUCUUCCCUAUUUUGGGAUUUACUUUGGGCUUAAAGCAAUUGAAAAUUAUAAUUACGCUGAAAAAAUUGUAUGCGUUGGCGAAAAUGUGAAUCCGUGUUGCUUUGGAGAAAGUCCCGCUUGUGACAAAUGGAAGAGCUACAUCGACGUUUAUCAUCCUGAUAUAUGGUGGACGCUCUUAUGUGCGGCUAUUUACUUUUUGAUAGUUGUCACACUAGACUGCUAUUGUCUGAAAAGAGUUUUAAAUUGGGGUAUGAGUCUGAUAUGUUUGCGUCAUGGUCAUGAAAUCGAAGUAGAAAGUGACACUGAAGCAGAAAAAGCCGACCACAACACUUUACGGGUGAAAAACCUGAGGAAAUACUAUUGGCGUAAACGAGUGGUCGACAACGUCAGUUUCAGCGUGACGAAAGGUCAAUGCUUGGGUCUUUUGGGCGUCAAUGGAGCCGGCAAAACGACAACGUUCCGAAUGUUAACUAGAGAAACGGGGAUGAAUGAAGGAGUUAUUAGAAUUAACGCUCACAGUGUUGGAAAUAUUGAGUAUUUGAAGAGAUUAGGAUAUUGCCCACAAGAAAAUGCAUUGAAUCUUUCUCUAACUGGAAGAGACAUAUUAAAAACUAUGGCUAUGUUACGAGGAAUCAAAGACAACAAGAUAGUUGAACAGUUUUUGGAUAAGUUCGGCCUAAAGAAAGUAGCAGACAUCAAAUGUGUACAUUACAGUGGCGGAAACAAGCGGAGAUUGACUUUUGCGGCAGCCGUGAUGGGUUUACCUGAUUUUAUUUUACUGGACGAACCGACUACCGGCGUCGAUCCCUUAUCACAGCAUAAGUGUUGGGCUCUAAUCAAACAAAUCAGAGACACAAAUCAAAAUUCAUUUAUUUUGACUUCUCACAGUUUGAACGAAUGCGAAGCCGUAUGUGAUGACUUGAAAAUAUUGAAAGCGGGCGUUAUAAAAAGGGAAGGGCCGAUAGCUCUACUGAAAACCGAAGUGUGCGGCUUCAACGUUAUGCUGAAACUGGACAAAGAUAAAGUUGUUAGAGGGCAAGGAAACUUUCUAAAAACUGUUCCAGAGCUUAAGAAUUAUCUUAAGAAAAUAUUCCCAACAGGGAUUAUUAGAGACGAACAUUCAGGCUUGAUUCAUUACUUCAUAAAAACCAAAGAGAUAAAAUGGGCUCAACUGUUUAGGACGUUCGAUGAUUUGAAACAAAGAUGCGAUCUGAUCGAUGACUAUGAUAUUAGCGAGGCUUCGUUGGAAGAUGUAUUCGUCACCGUAGCCAGGACCAAUGAUAAUGAGGAUACAAAGGUAGAAGAUAACGGUAGGUAGAGUAGUGAAAACUAAAUUUGAAGUUUCUGAGGAAAAUAUUUUUUAAGACUGACGGUUCUACUAUGGGGGAAGAAAGUUCAGGAACAGAAAGUGGAUCCACCUCAUAGUUAUACUCGUCAAAUCAAAAUUUCG